AUGUCAGCUCUCCAUUUCGACAUUCUUUAUGAAGUCAUACGCGAGGUGGAUGGACUCGGGAGGAAAGAUCGCCAAGCUGCCCUGAUCGGCCUAUCUCUCGUUUGCCACUCCCUCAACGAAGCCAUUCGACCCAUCCUGUUCCAUGAAGUGACUUGGCCCCAUCCGAACAAGCACGAUAACGAAAAAGGGCUUCAUUUCCUUCCUGAGGUGCUAUGGCCUUACAUUCACCAAUUUCAUCUCGACUGGCCAGACCAUUGGCCGGAUGUCUUCCCACCAUUGUGGGGCACCAAGUCCCCGGGCGAAGGAAUUUACGUGCCCAAACACAUGGACAAGUUGGAAGCCGCGCUCCCCAGGAUGACCAACAUCAAAACGCUGCAUAUUAUGUGCCCAUUCUACCCGCCUAAGACCUUACUCGCUGCCAUUGUCAAAUGUCCGAACAUUACAGACCUCAGAAUCAUCGACACCCCAAUCCACGUGGGCGGCCUGCUCUUCGUUCCGCAAAACUUCCUGCUGACUCGCCUGACGCUCGGUGCAGUCGGCGAAGCGGUCCGUGUCGGAGAGGGACCCUACAAUAAGAAAUUUCAAGAUCUGUCGUUCUACACACGCGAGUAUCGGAAGCGGUAUGGUGGUGAAAUCGGCCUAUCAAGUACAGCACAUCGGUACAUCUUCCACCUCGGACGCACGGAUUCGCUCACGUAUUUGCAACUCUCAAGCAAGUACGUCAACUUAAACACGUUUCGGCAGUACGAGUGGCCUGCCUUGGAGACCUUCGUUCUGACGGGAGCACCGCUACGGCGAGCAUGGGCCCCGAGAGUGCCUUUGGUCGACGUUAUUGCACGCAUGCCGAAAAUGUUUGACCUACGGCUCCUUUUCGCCAAGUCCAACUGGAAGGACGACGAACUUACGGAGAUUGUGCCCCCGAAAUACCGCGCACACGAGCACAGCUCUGCUAACAUUUUUUCUCAGAUCAGAUACCUUGCACUUUCAAAUGCCUACGAUUCACAGGACUUCCUCCUCUAUACGACCUCUCUCGAACGUCUGUCCGUCAGUGCCAUCAUCGCCACCCCACGCAUUCCUAUCGCUCUUACCCGACAAGACAUCGACCAAGUUCUUGAUGACCUUGUGAUUGGAGGAGGCAACAUUGGGCUGAAGCGUCUCAGACUCAUGACGGAAGAUGAACUUAAUUUUUCCCUUUUCGAGAAGAUCGGGAGGAUAUGCCCAGCUCUGGAGUUCGUGGAAGUAGAGCUCUGUGGCUAUCGAGAAGGCGAAGCUGGGUUUGAAUGGACGGACUAUGGUGACGCCUUCUCGACCUACGCCCACCUCCAGGAACUCCGCAUAGGGAUACCAUUUGCCGGUUGUGACGAGCACGAUGAGCACGAUGGUCAAGACCUGGAGUGCGUACGCCUGGACAGACGGGACUGUGCCAUAUACCUCGCUUCUCGGGUACCCACUCUCCGUCGAAUCGGUCUCGAAUAUCGUACCCGUACUGGAAGCCACAGACAUGAAGACCGUUGGCUUGACUUCGACAUCAUCCGCCUCGGAGAUGGGAAGAUUCGCGACAUUCGAGUUGCUGAGCUUGGUCAGUCGUGGUACCCAAUCCCGGAAAUUUGGGAGAGUGUUCCUCUUCAUGACUACUGA